AUUUAGCCACCGCAUGCGCACGCGCGAUCCUCGGCGUCUUGACGGUGACACUGCCGUGGCGCGCCGAGCACGAUGGCGGCGGCGGUGGCGGCGGCGAACACAAAUGUGGUCGCGGCGUCGAACGAGAAGUCAUUCUAAUGCACCUAAUCACUCCUUUGAUCGUGCUCGCCUGUACCAGCCUUCUCGUAGAAGCUAGUGGCCACUCCAGUUUCGAGGUCGUCCGCAUGUCGGACAAGCACGGCAAUGGUCAGCACGCGCGGCUGGCACGUCGCGCUCGCUCGCUGAAUGGACGAUGUGGAGUGCGGACUAAGCACAAGAAUCAAACCAUGAGUACUGAACCGGAGGAGACCAGUCAAUCGACCGGUAUCGACUCCAACUAUGGCGCGAUGUCGAUCUUGUCCAAUGGUAUAAUCAACGUGUUGUCCUCUUGUGGACCUAUAGGUGCUACAUUGGGUGUAACUCCAGUCAGCGGUCCUAAUGGAGACAUCGACUGGCUCAACUGCGGUGUCAACCAAGGUGGCUGGCAGCCUCCAUAUGUGACGGUCAACAAUCUCAUCACGAAGGACUUGAGCACGGCGAUUCAAGACCCUAGCAGUCCUUUCAAAGCGUGCUUGCCGUUUGUGGGAUUGUUCGAGCAGUACGCGAAACAGUUCGGAGUUCCGUCCAUCCUGAUAGCAUCUAUCGCUAUGCAAGAGAGCUCGUGUAACCCGGAGACCCAAGGCGGUGCCGGCGAACAAGGCCUCAUGCAGCUGACGCAGGACAAGUGCGGCGCAGCGCCAAACGGAAAUUGCAAGGAUCCCGCGUACAACAUCCGGACCGGUGCUCAGUACUUUGCGAACACGCUCAAGAGCAACAACGGCAAUGUCCUUCUCACUCUGGGUAAUUACAACGGAUGGCCGGAAGGCAUGACCUACGGUCAGGCAGUCGCAGCGGCGAAUGGACCUUGCUGCCGCUGCCAGAACAAUCUCGACUACAUACAUCAGAACGUCAACGGAUGGAUGCAGAAUGUCAACCCGUACGAGAGCAACCCGCGCAUCGGCAAAUACUUCAACCUCGACAAGUGCUUCUCUUGAAGACCUACACGACUGCCCACGACUGCCCACGACAUUUCAUUUCUAUCUCCUUUCGUUUGGCUCCUGGCAUGUAUCACCAUUUUCAUGUACGACCGUACCCUUCAUGUGCCUGUUCUUCAUGCAUCAACCGUCACGGACCGGCCUGUAUCGGUUGUGCACCUUAUCGUGUAAUUUUGUCGAGGCUUGUAUUGAAUUGCAAUGUAGCUCAAGUAUUCUGUACUGUCGGUCAGACAUGCUCAGCCUGAG